CCGAUGCUUGGAAAAAAAAAAAAAAAAAAAAAAAGGCCUCCAUCAGGAGACAUGAGGAGGAAGGAGGAGGAGCAAGGAGGCGGGAAGGAGGAGGAAGGAGGAGGAAGGAGGAGGAAGGAGGAGGAAGGAGAAGGAGGAAGGAGGGGGAAGGAGGAGGGAAGGAGGAGGGAAGGAGGAGGAAGGAGGAGGAAGGAGGAGGAAGGAGGAAAGGUCGAUUCAUGAAGAUGAUGAGAUGGUUCAGAUAUAGAGGACCUAAUGACGUGGACGAGCAGGGUGUCGUGUGGAGUUUUGGUGGUGAUGCUGAUGGCUAUAAAACGAGGAAGCAGGAGGAGCAACAGGAGGAGGAGGAGGAGGAGGAGGAGGAGGAGGGAGGAGGAGCAACAGGAGGAGGAGGAGGAGCAACAGGAGGAGGAGGAAGCUUUGGUGGUGAUGCUGAUGGCUAUAAAACGAGGAAGGAGGAGGAGCAACARGAGGAGGGGAGGAGGAGGGGAGGAGGAGGAGGAGGUCCAGAACGGCUGUGAUGAGGGUAAUAUGGUGAUGAGUUUGUUCGGAUGAGUAGGGAGAGGAGGAGAAGGUGUAGGGAUGAUGAUCAUCAUGACGAUCGAGGAUGACGACAAACGGCGUACAGCGAUGACGAUGAUGAUAAUGCCUAGGAGGAGGGAGGGGACGAGGAGGAGAAGAAGGAGAUGUCAUGUAGGAGGAGGAGGAGGAGGAGAAGGAGGAGGAGGAGGAGGAGUGGAGAUCACUUAUCACAUCGAGGACCAACGAYUGCACGACAUCUCGAAGUGCUAUGACCUGUUGGUUGUACCCGGAUAAACUGUCCAAUGAUUU